AUGGAACCAUACGCGACACUAGUGCGCCGUCGGUGGGGCCGUGUCCCGUUGCUGGUGACCUUAGUAGUGAUAGUUGGGUGCCUGGUGCAGCUGGUGGGUGCAGCUGAUUCGAUAUGUGAACGAAUCGACUUUAACGAUAUCAACACGUGGAAGGUGCAACAGUGUUCAGGUGAAUUUCGUGAGAUUUUUCGACUGAAAACGUACUACACGACACCGAUAAUCAGGCCGUUCCGCGAGCGCAGCACCUAUUUCCUCUCGAACGAUGUGCGCGGCAUCAGCUGUACGGAGUCGAUCAAUAGUUUCUACAUUAACUCGUUUACGGAGAUAAGGAUGAUCUAUCAGCUCAUGUUUACGAACCCGUGCUCGUUGACGCUGAUGGUGUACGAUUUGGAUCAGAUUGAUAUGUUCGGGGAUCCACUGUUGGCGCAGAAUUGGACUACGCGUGCCCAAACGUCGACGUGGAGUCUGUUCGUCGGGAAGGUGGAGCGUGAAAUACGGCGUGCACGAAUACAGCUACAGGCCGAUAUGAGCUCGGAGGCUCUGCUUGCCAUCGAGUACAUCACCGUGUUCAAUCCGCUAGUGCUUGAGGACUUUUGUAUGAUGCUGGAUGAGUUCUACACAACGCCUGCUGAGAUCACUACAAGACCUUCAACAACUUCUACAACAACCACAACAACAACAACUCCCACAACAACGACUACAACCCCCACAACAACAACAACAACAACAACGACUACAACGACUACAACCCCCACAACAACAACAACAACAACGACGACCACAACUCCCACAACAACAACAACAACAACCCCCACAACAACAACAACAACAACAACCCCCACAACAACAACAACCCCCACAACAACGACUACAACCCCCACAACAACAACAACAACCCCCACAACAACGACUACAAUCUCCACAACAACAACAACAACAACCCCCACAACAACAACAACAACGACGCCAACAACAACUUCUACGACUCCAACAACAACUUCUACGACUCCAUCAACAACAACAACGACUACAACCUUAGCGAGUACUAUGACACCUACCUCUACAACUUCUCUGAUAACAAUUCCGAUUUCAAUCGAUACUACUUUGAGCACCGAAUAUCCUUCUGAGACGACAACUACCAUACGGUCCACUACGACCAGACGAAGAAGGACGACCACUACCGUCUCAACAACAACACCAACCACUACCACUACAGCUACUCCUACCACAUCCACAAUACCAAGAACAUCACUAACAACAUCGUCCACAACGGCUAGUAUGACUGCUACGACUACCACCGUUCCUGUUCCUGUGACGACAUCAACAACGAACUCGGCGUACUCAGACACCCCCAGCACAACGAACUAUGUGACAACAACUUCUUCUUCUUCUUCUUCGACACAAGCCACAACAAUGGCCACGAUCACUACGCCCGAUACUGUUUCUAGCACUACCGAAUCGACACCGACAACCGUCUUACCUACGACGGUGGAUCAAACAAGCACACCAAUCGUCACGGACGAAACGACAGUUUAUUCCGAGGAAAGAACAACCGGAUACGCGACAACGCAGGUGCCAUGGGAGCCUACGACACUGCCGAUCGUGAUACCGUUGCCCGGUGAAUCAGCUGGAACGUGGAUCGCCCUGAGCGGAGUGCUGAUGGUGCUGCUGGUUCUAGUCAGUGCCAUCGCACUCUACCUCUACCUGGCCGGUCGUACUGCUCUGCUCUGUUGCAGACGGUCAUCAUCGGCAGACAGCAGCAAAAACGAGCAACCGGCACAGCCGCACUACGAUGCAUCGGAUAACUUCGUUCUCCAUGAUGCACUGUACAGCCAGCAGUUGCAGCGCCACCUGAAGAACCGGCUGGGACAGAAGCACCACAGUGUCAGCAGCAUUAGCAACAACAGCAGCAAAGCAAUCCGUCAAAAGUAUCCGCGAGUAAGCGUCAAUCACCAUGGUCCGUACGGGGUGGCGGGUGCGAGAGUCCCAGUACCGCCCGUACCAGGCCGUCCGCCCCCAUUCGAGCCGAUGGACGAGAUCGACGAAAUCAAGUACAGGAACAGACUCAAUAAGCUCUAG